UGAAUACAUAAACCAAGCCACUGUCAUUUUCCAGGGACAGUGUGACCCUGAGUCUUCUUUAGUGCACAAUGUUCUUGCUUCUUGUGUUUGCAGCAGCUGGUGCUUGUCAUCUGGUGGCAGGCCAGCAGUGUUCAAUUCCCAAUGAGGACAAGAUAGACUGUGGUUUUGUUGGCUCCAAUCAGCAGUCAUGUGAGGCUGAUGGAUGCUGCUGGCAACCUGUUGAUCCCAACCCUUCAAAUGCACCAUGGUGCUUCAAGGAUGCCAGUUUUGUGGAUCCAUGCACUGAAUUUCUGUGGUCUGCUGAUGGGCCUGGCUUUGAUGAUGCCACUUAUGACAUCAUGUACACAAACUACUUGUCUCAGCUCAACAUUCUGGGCUCUGGAGCUGUUGUUGCUGCUCCAGAUGAGGGAACACCAGGAGGAUCUUAUUACUGGCAUUGGAUGAGAGAUGCUGGAUUGAGUAUCAAGGCAUGGCUAGACAUCAAUGAAAAUGACUAUUCAGUUGUUCAAGAAGAGGUUGGAGCUUAUGCCUUGUGGGUGGAAAAAGUUCAGCACAAAGUUGACCCAAAUGGCAUAGAUGUCAGGAUUGAACCCAAGUUUAGUAUCCCUGAUGGGGAACCUUACACUGGGGGAUGGUGCAGACCUCAAACUGAUGGACCUGCUUUGAGGGCAAUGGCACUGUCAAAGUGGGGCAUGAUUCUGGAGAAUGCAGGACAAGGGGACCCAGCACACAUCUUUGACCUGGUGAAGUUUGACCUUGAAUGGGUCCAGGCUAACUGGCAGUCUGAGGGAUGUGACCUGUGGGAAGAAGUCAGGAGCACAGAUUUCUACUUCAAUAGGAUGGCUUAUGUGUAUUCCCUCAAUGUAGCUGCUGACUUUGCUGACACGCUUGGAGCUCCUGAAGCUUCAACAUACAGGGCUCUGGCAGAAACAAUCAAGACAACAGCAGCAGCACACUGGAGGUCUGCAGAAGGGUACAUCUAUGAGUCAGAGAACAGACCAUAUGAUGGAGCAGUUAUCCACUCCAUUGCAACCUUUGGAGAGUUCCUGUUUCCACCAGAGUCUCCUGAGGGAGCAUCAACUGUGGCUUUCUUAGCCAAGAAAUUCUGCCGAGAAUAUCCCAUCAAUCAGGCUGAUAAUGAGGCAGGGGUUCCUGGAGUCCUCAUAGGAAGAUAUCCUGGUGACCAGUAUGCAGGAGGAAACCCUUGGCAAUUGUUGACUGCAGUCACAGCUGAGUUCUUCUACCUAGGAGGUCAAGCAACUCUGAAGAAAAUUCAACAGAAGGGAAAUGACUAUGUUUUGGAUCCAGUAGAAAACAAGGAAUGGCUCAAACUGCUUCAGAUAAACACCAAGAUUUCAGCAUUGGAUUUUGCCAAGGCACAAUCAGGAGCUGGUGAUGCAAUCAUGAACAGAAUGUGGGAAUAUGUGAAGAAUGAUGGGGGUCGCAUGGAUGAACAGAUUGACAAGAACACUGGUGCUCAAGCAUCUGCAGAAAGCCUCACCUGGUCCUAUGCCAACAUUCUUCAUGCUAUCCACACCAGGCGACAGUUUGUCAAACUCCUCAAUGAUUUGAAGCUAUGAGAAAAUGACCCAUAUUUUGCAUUCUUCUAUGUGAAUUCAUUUUCUGAAAGUAAAAAUACAUCUUCAU